AUGUCGUCCGACGAGGAAAAACGACCGAAAAAGUUUUCUGAAAAGGAUCGUUGUUAUCGAUGCGGAUUACAAGGACAUUACGGUUACGAUUGUGACCUCUACCAUGGAAAAUCUUUAAAAUCCGAGAAAGUCCGAAAACAUAAACGGUCCUUUAAAGAAGAUGACAAAUGCUACGAGUGCGGAAAAGAAGGGCAUUACGGCUACGAUUGCCCGGAUAGGAUGCUCCGAGUUCGCGAGGGAGAGCUAGAAUCGGUAAACAAGAAAAUCAGUGGCAGGGCUUCGCCGAGAUAUGACGACUACAAAAUCGAAUCACGUGAUCGGAGUCGUAGUAGAUCACCUGUGGCUGAAACACGCAGACCACGUCACAAAUCAAGAUCUGACAAAGACGAAAAAGUGAUUGCUAAUUCGAAGUCGAAGAACGUCAGGGACAUCCGUAGUCUUUGGUCACUUUGA